AGCCAGAGCUCCAGCCUGAGGAAUCACCAGGUGAUCCACACUGGGGAACGGCCCUAUGAGUGUGGGAAAUGUGGGAAGAGCUUCAGAAAUAUCUUUCGCCUGAUGAUACAUCAGGUGGUCCACACGGGGGAACGGCCCUACACUUGCUUGGAAUGUGGGAAGAGCUUUGGGUGGAGCGCCGCCCUGAGUGCACACCAGCUCAUUCACACUGGGGAGAGGCCCUAUGAGUGUUCCCAGUGUGGGAAGAGGUUUCAGACCAGCUCCCAUGUCCUCAGACAUGAGCGGAUUCACACAGAGGAGAGGCCCUUCCGCUGCCCCGACUGCGGGAAGGGCUUCAAGCUCAACUCCACCCUUGUCAGUCACCGGCGCAUCCACACUGGGGAGAGGCCCUACGAGUGUCCCGAGUGUGGGAAGAGGUUUCAGCGCAGCUCCCAUGUCCUCCUACAUGAGCGGAUUCACACAGACGAGAGGCCCUUCCGCUGCCCCGACUGCGGGAAGGGCUUCAACCGCAACUCCCACCUCGCUCUCCACCGGCGCAUCCACAGUGGGGAGAGGCCCUACGAGUGUCCCCAGUGUGGGAAGAGCUUCUCACAGAGAUCUAACUUGACCCAACACCAACGGAGUCACCAGUAAGGGAAGCCCUGCGAGUGCCCCGAGUGCGGGAAGAGCUUCGUGCGCUGCU